CGCACCGCGUGUCUGAAGAUGAGUGUGACAUUCGGGGCGGAGAGGAACCUUCAAAACAUAUUAAGAAAACCAGGUUGUUGAUGAUAAUGUAGAUAAUAUCACGUGUGGAGGAACUGGAUGUUGGUUUGAAUGCUCACAACUUAUAGCCUCCAGCUGAAAGGGAGAGGAAACUUGUUGAGGAGCGGCACUCUCUCGCUUUCUGGAUCAAGAGGGACGGAUCAUGUUGACAACUGAUGAAAGCUGGGCGACAACCUACCUCAUCGGGAGGGCAACUGCUGUAGCGUUUCCUAUUCAUCAUCAUCGUCAUCAUCAUCAUCCUCAGCAGCAGCAUCAUCAGCAUCAUCAUCGUCAGUGCGCGCGGCACGCACCACACUUGCACCACAUCCUCAGUGCCACGAGAGCGCCAGCGCGCAAAGAUGAACAACCUGCCGGAGCACAAACUGUCCUCGGUGGCGCCGCUGAAUGAAUUUAACGUGGAGAAAAAGGAAGUUGAGCUGAUCCUGGUGAAGGAGCAGAAUGGGGUCCAGUACACGAACUCUUCUGUCGUGGACUCUCCGAGCUCCCACGGCUGCCCCUCCGGCUCCGAUGAGGAUGUAGUCAGGGAGAUCUGGGGCAAGAAAAUUGACUUUCUGCUCUCUGUCGUGGGCUUCGCUGUGGACCUGGCCAAUGUGUGGAGGUUCCCCUACCUGUGUUACAAAAAUGGAGGAGGUGCCUUUUUGAUCCCAUACGUUCUGUUCCUGUUCAUUGCUGGGAUGCCCCUGUUUUACAUGGAACUUGCUUUGGGUCAGUUUAACAGAGAAGGAGCAGCUACAGUUUGGAAGAUCUGCCCUAUAUUUAAAGGUGUUGGCUACACUGUAAUCAUCAUAGCUUUGUAUGUGGGCUUCUACUACAAUGUCAUCAUAGCUUGGUCAUUGUAUUACUUAUUCUCCUCAUUGACAAGUGAGCUGCCCUGGCUCACGUGUAAUAACCCGUGGAACAGCCCCAAUUGCACAGAACCACAGCACAUCAAUGGCACCUUCCUGGGUAACAGAACCUCCUAUGCCAAGAACAAGAACACACCCGCUGCAGAGUUCUACGAGCGUAGAGUGCUGCACAUUCAUGAGAGUAAAGGCAUCAGUGACCUGGGUCUUCCUCGCUGGGAGCUCACCCUCUGCCUUAUUUUGGUUGUCUUCAUCCUUUGCUUCAGCCUGUGGAAGGGAGUCAAAUCCUCUGGAAAGGUGGUGUAUGUUACAGCUACUAUGCCCUACGUAGUGCUGCUGGUGUUGCUAAUUCGAGGCAUCACCCUCCCUGGUGCAAUGAAUGGAAUUAGGGCAUAUCUCCAUGUUGACCUAAAGAAGCUCAAUAAUCCUCAAGUAUGGAUUGACGCAGCUACUCAGAUUUUCUUUUCUCUAGGAGCCGGGUUUGGAGUCCUCAUUGCCUUUGCGAGCUACAAUAAAUUUGACAAUAACUGCUACAGGGAUGCUAUUAUAACCAGCACUAUAAACUGCAUUACCAGUUUCUUCUCAGGGUUUGCCAUCUUCUCAGUACUGGGGUAUAUGGCUCAUCAUCAUCAGGUCAACAUAAAGGAUGUGGCCACUGAGGGAGCUGGACUGGUGUUUAUAAUCUACCCAGAAGCAAUCUCAACUCUACCUGGAUCCACAUUUUUUGCAAUAGUGUUUUUCAUUAUGCUUCUGACUCUUGGAAUUGACAGUUCUAUGGGUGGCAUGGAGGCAGUGAUCACUGGUCUGUCAGAUGACUUCAAAAUCCUGAAGAGGAAUAGAAAAUUAUUUACAUUUGCUGUAGCAUUUGGGACAUUCCUAAUAGCCCUUCUGUGCGUUACAAAUGGAGGGAUCUUUGUGUUGACCCUGUUGGACAGGUAUGCUGCAGGGACGUCCAUUCUGUUUGGGGUACUGAUUGAGGCCAUUGGAGUAUCUUGGUUCUAUGGUGUGGACAGAUUUAGUGAGGACAUUGAACGCAUGAUGGGCUUCAAACCAGGGAUCUACUGGAGGGUCUGCUGGAAGUUUGUCAGUCCAGCAUUCUUACUUCUUGCGGUAAUUGCCAGCAUUGUUACCUCCGGCGACCUGAGAUAUGAUGACUACAUUUUCCCUCGCUGGUCAAAUAUGGUGGGCUGGACCAUAGCCUUGUCCUCCAUGCUGUUUGUACCAGUCUACGCCAUCUACAAAUUGCUUAUAAUUCCAGGCACCUUCAAGGAGAGAAUAGCAUACGCCAUUACUCCAGAACAUGAAUAUCACAUGGUGACAGAGGGUAAUGUCAGGCAGUUCAAGCUCAGACAUUGGUUAUCCAUCUGAUGAAGGGGUCAGGUGGAAGUGCCAUCAAAUGAUAUUGUGUGAGAGAGAAAAGGAUAGAGUGAAGUGUUGGCUUUGUUCAUUUUUCCAACACCACACACACAGUACUGUCCAGUCUGCUCCAUGUGUUCAGUGGUUGACUAGACAUUUUUGGUUUAGAAAAAGAAUAAGCCACCCCGCCCCCCUUCAUGUAGUCACAUUUUGUUGCUUUACAGCUUAAAAUGAAGACACCGUUUUUGUUUUAUGUAGCUGUAUUUACUCAAUGCAACAUCUAACAUCCAAGUAAAAGAUAACAAAUCUCCAAAAAAAUGGGGGGGGGGGGUGUACUUUACCACCUCCUCAAAUGGCACACAAAACCUUUCAACUGUGAACAGAUGUGGUCAUUUUGAUCAGCUCAACAUGAAAAUAACUUUCCUAGAGCAUUUCAGUCCUUGGUAGUGCAACAGAAGCAAACAAUCAACUAUGGGCACCCAUUAACAGAUCUCCGGCAUAAAAGUUGUGGACAGGCCCAAGUCAAGAGAAGGAUACAAAAAAAAUUUAAUGGUUUCAUCAAUGCCUAGAAGCACAGUGAAGUCAAAGUGGAGGAAUGUAUUUGGUAUAACACAGACUCUCCCUGGAUCAGGACGUCACUCCAAUCUGGAUGAAAACUGGAGGAAAAACCACUCCACAAGAAAGGCCACGUGCAGUCACAAGUCACAACUGAGCAAAACGCUCUUUGAAGUUUCUGAGGCAGAAGAGAAAUUAUUUUGCCUCUACACCAAACAUUAUUUCUGGCAGAAAUUCAAUACAACUCACCAUCCAAAUAAUAGCAUUCCUCCAGUAAAGCAUGGAGGGGGUAAUGUUCUAUUAUGGGGGUGUUUCUCUGCAGCAGGGGCUGGAGCAUUGUCAGGAUAGACAAGAAACAACUAAAAUUAUUUAGGAAAAUCUGUUGCUCUCUGCCAGAAAGUUGUCAAUGGGAAGAAGGUUUACCUUCCAGCAUGACAAUGACCCAAAGCACACAGCAAAACUAAGCAGCUCUGCAAAGAAGAGUGGGCAAAUAUUGCAAAGUUAGUAGAGACAGAGACAAAUCCCAGCAGACUAAAGGCUAUAACUGAAGCAAAAGGUGAUUAAACAAAAUAUUGUUUGUUUCCGUUGCGCUACAAGAAUUUAAAUGCUCCAGGAAAGCUCUUUUCAUGCUGAGCUAAUCAGGAUGACCACAGCUGAAAGUCAAUGACCAGAAACACUGAGUUGGAAAAAGGA